AUGGGAGAUAUUAAUAUCGACCUUCUUGAGAAUACUCCGUCAAAGAGGCAGUUGAUGGAUAUAUUAACGACACAGGGGUUUCGGCAGUAUAUCGACGAUGCAACCAGACAGGACGGCUCAAGCUCAACUUUGCUAGACCAUGUGUACACAAACAUCCGCGACGAUCGAGUUACCGCCGCCUGCGUUGACACCCAUCUGAGCGAUCACGCAGCGCAGCGACUGAUCGCGCCGUGCCCCCCGCGCCACCCACCGCCUCAAGUGAUAACAAAACGGGUUUUUAGCCACAAAAACAGAACGGCCUUCGUCUUAGCACUGGAGUCCAUAGACUGGCAAGCAGUUGUGGCUAAACACAGCGGCGAAUGUAAACAAUUUGCAGCCACAGUAAUUAAUGUCCUCACUAACUUACUAAAUAUCCACCUUCCACUAAAACCUUUAAUAAUACGUCCUAAAUACAACCCCUGGAUUGAUAGCGAAAUCCAAGAUCUAAAAGCACUGGCUUUAGAGUUUACUAGCCUAUCAAAAAAAUACCCGGAUAAUAUUCCCUUACAUGACGCCUCGAGUAAGUUACAGGAAUGCUACCACUAUAAAUUAAAAACUAAGCGCAGUGACUAUUUUAAUUCAAUCAUUGAUAAUAACCCCAAUAAAAGCAGGGCGAUGUGGAAGGCCAUCAACACCGAGCUAGCUCGGGCCCCCCGCGAGCGUGUCGACUACACCGAGCUGCUCGUGGAUAACGCCGGCCGCCGAUUUGAGUCCAAACAGCUCGCGGUGGACGCGCUCAACCACGAGUUCGUGACGGCGGCCACUGCGUGCGGUGCGCCCUCUGCCGACCACGGCCGAUGCAUUUCCGCCUUGUCGGAGGGGUACGCUGACGCCGAUUGCUCGCUGAGGCUGAGGGCUUUCACACCGCACGAAGUCGCUAAUUUAUUUAAAUAUUCUGUUGCGCCUAAAAACAGCACUGACGCUUAUGGCUUAUCCACUAACCUGCUAAAGCAAGCCAGCCCUACAAUUAGCUACGUGUUAUCCCACUUAUUCAACAACUGCCCGAGCAAGUGUUUUGAGGCGGGGUUAAAUAAGCGUUUACUUGGUUUCUGGGCACCGCGGAACGUACUGUCCGAGAGCCAAUACGCCUAUCGACAAGGCCGGUCCACCACAGACCUGGUGCGCGAAGUGGUGCGCGGUGUACUGAGUGCCCGCGAGGCAGAGCGGUAUGUAGCCGUAAUUUGCUGCGACCUAUCGCGCGCCUUCGACACGGCGGACCACGCACUCGUCGCCGACAAACUUGCGCACUACGGCAUUCGGGGACCGGCCAAUAAGCUAAUAUUGUCAUUUAUGACAGACAGAGCUCAGGUCGUCGUUGGCGCCGGAGGUAGUGUUGUGUCUGCGGAAUUACGAAACCUCAUGGGCGUUCCCCAGGGCUCGUGCCUUUCCAACACUUUGUUUAGCGUUCUUUUAAACGACUUGCCAAAGGCGAUAAAAGGAGCGGAGAUAUUUAUGUACGCUGACGACGUCACGGCAGUCAUAACCGCAUCCGCUGAACAUGAGUUGGAGGGAGCGAUAAAUGACAUCAUGGAACAACUACACCAAUGGUUCCAGUCCAACGGCCUGGCCAUGAACAAAGAAAAAACAUGCUUCAUGACGUUCAAGUUAAACGGUCACCCCAGCCCAACCCUGAGGGUGUGUGCGGGCGGUGCCCCUAUACAGCAAGUUUCCGGCACACGCCUCCUGGGUUUCCAGCUCGACAGCGCAUUAACGUGGGAGUCCCAUAUCGAUGAUCUGUGUGGCAGGUUGGGGCGGGCAUGUUAUGCGCUACGGCGCCUAGCGAGCACCGCCGGGCUGUGCGCGGUGCGCCAGUGUUAUUACGCAACUAUGCACUCACUCCUCACCUAUGGCGUGGAGUUAUGGGCCCGCGCUUCAGACUGGAGUCGCGUAUUUGUUAUGCAGAAGCGUGCCGUCCGUAUUAUGACCGGUAAACCAUCAGAUGCCCCAGCAAGAGACCUCUUCCGGGAUCUCAACAUAUUGCCCCUUCCUUGCCUUUACCUUUACCAAGUGGCGGUGUUUACACACGAAAAUCUGAACAAGUUCAAACUCAAGGGAACGAAUGAUAACUACCAUCUCCGUAGCAAUGCGCAUAAAAACAGACUGAUCGCUGAUCCGCACAGACUCGCUAAGUCCCAGCGAUCUGUAUACUGCGCUGGACCAUCUGUUUACAACCGCUUACCCGAUAGUAUCAGAAACACAGCUACCACCGCGGUCUUUAAGUGUAAAUUAAAAAUGUGGCUCAUGAGCGAAGUGUUCUACGAUUACGCAGAAUACUUUAACCUACCUAUUAUAAUUUAA